CCUUUGCGCCCAGCGUCACCGUGUGAUUGCGGAAGUACAACAGCAGGAUUAAAGGCAGCUUUUCUUACUCGAGUUCUCAGACAGUCUUAAACAAACCGCAUUAGCUUUAAUGGCUGCUCUAAAAUACGCAGGAAUGGAUGAUACUGACAGCGAGGAUGAACUUCCUCCUGGCUGGGAAGAGAGGUCCACAAAGGACGGCUGGCUUUAUUAUGCCAAUCAUGAGGAGAUGAAGACACAGUGGGAGCAUCCUAAAACUGGAAAGAAGAAACGCUGUGCAGGAGACCUGCCUUACGGGUGGGAGCAAGAGACGGAUGCCAAGGGUCAGAUAUUUUAUGUUGAUCACAUCAAUAAGAGGAAGACGUACUUUGACCCUCGGCAGGCCUUCACCGUAGAGGAUGUGCAGGUGAAGCCUAAGCGCUAUGAUGGCAAUACUCCUGCGCUGGAGAUCCUGCAGGGUCAUGAUCUAUCGGACAAGGUCAUAAUCAUCACGGGGGGCAAUUCUGGUAUCGGUUUUGAAACAGCGAGGUCGUUUGCCCUUCAUGGUGCCCAUGUGAUCUUAGCCUGCCGGAACAAAGCUCGCAGCAGUAAAGCAGUUAACCGGAUCCUAGAGGAGUGGCACAAAGCUCGUGUUGAAGCCAUGACCCUGGACUUGGCCUCAUUGAGAAGUGUCCGAGAGUUUGCAGAGGCAUUCAAAGCAAAGAAACUGCCCCUGCACAUCCUGGUGUGUAAUGCGGCGGUGUGUACGCAGCCAUGGCGUCUGACGGAGGACGGGUUGGAGUCUACCUUCCAGAUCUGCCAUCUGGGCCACUUCUAUCUGGUGCAGCUGCUGCAGAACGUGCUGGGGCGUUCGGCUCCUGCCCGUGUGGUAGUGCUGUCCUCCGAAUCUCACAGGUUCACAGAUCUGCUGGACUCUUGUGGAAAGAUGGAUCUGACUCUGCUUUCGCCAUCCCAGAAGGAGUACUGGUCCAUGCUGGCCUACAACAGGGCCAAGCUCUGCAACAUCCUUUUCUCCAAUGAGCUGAACCGUCGCCUCUCUCCUCAUGGGGUCACUUCCAACGCUGUGCACCCUGGGAACAUGAUGUAUACUUCCAUCCACCGCAGCUGGUGGCUCAUGACCUUCCUUUUCAAUCUGGCACGCCCCUUCACCAAGUCCAUGCAACAGGGUGCAGCCACUACGGUGUACUGUGCAGUGGCUCCUGAGCUGGAAGGCCUGGGUGGGAUGUACUUCAACAACUGUUUCCGCUGUGUGCCGUCAGCGCAGGCCCAGGACCCUUCCAGUGCCCUCAGCCUGUGGGAGCUCAGUGAGAGACUGGUGCAGGAGCGAUCCGGCGGCCCUCAGGCACUGUGACCGCACGACCUCCACCACGCUAUAAUCCCUCAGCCCAGCAUGGCUUACCUGCUCAACCAUCACUGCAACUGAUUGCUUCAUCACCAUGCAUGAGGAGGGCUGAGAUAAUAAAGAGCAAAAAAAGAGCAAAGGGAAUUUUAUAGUAGGCAGGCAGUUAUCAGAGAGCAAGAAUUCAGUCUGCUAGACCGACAGAUGGAAGCAGAGAGAGAGAGAGAGAGACUGAUUUGUACUGUUUCUCUUUUGUAAGUCCCAGGCCACAUGGGUUUCUCAUCUUUCUUCUGUAAGGUGAUUAGAGCUACCGCUAGAACACUGUACACUGUUCUGUAAUCCACAACGAACACCAAGUUUCCUAGCUAGGGGUGGUGGAAAAUAAAACGUAUUAAAGUGGAUUCUCAUAGCGCACUCAACACAAAAAAAAAAUCAUCUAAAAUAUCAGGAUUUCAAAAUUGUCCUUAUUGCCCAUCCAUCUGUACAAAUCAACGUGAACGAGUAAAUGUCGUACUAAAGGUGCAGAGACGAUGUAGAGGAAGCAUUAUGUAUGCUGUCUAUUUACAUACGCAACCACUGAAAAGAACUGGUCUGUAUAGAUAUGCUGUACAUAAUAUACAUCGAGUGCUGUUCUAAUUAGCAUAUGUUUCUGGAUAUUAUUCUAAUUUCUGACCCCCAUCUGCCCGAAGACUCCAGAUCCAGUCUACAGUGAACGUUUACAAAAUUCUAUGUUAAUGCUAAUUACAAUGAAGCAGCAUCUUUGAGGACAACAGGAGCGCCGGUGCUGGCUGAAGGGAAGAGUCUUGCAGUCUUAAGAAAUUUCAGGUGGAACGUUCCUCUCGAACUCCUUUUUUUCUUGUCCUUUUAGUUUUGUGAAUGUUUUCGAAAGCGUUUUCCCUGUAAAAGCUGGUCUUCAUUUGCUGACAACCAACUCAAGAAGAAAGAAAAUUCAGCAGAAGAAGAGAAGGUGGCAAAGACUGAAGAAUGGCACCAGAUCUCUUUUUUUUUCACUCUCCACUUUCCUCCUUUUCUCCCUGUUCUUUGCCUUUCUUUGCAGGUUGACUGUUGUGCUUUGGGGCAGUCUUGGUGCCAUGGGUCAGUCUGAGCUAGAAGCAUUCCAGUGUUGUGGGACCUGGAUGGGGAGAAACAAAUAAACAUUAAUUACAGUUUGAUUCAGA